GUCAUGUCAAGUAGUAACUGUCAGUGAAAUAAACAACAAAAUAUAUUGGUUUUGAAUUUUUAUUUUAUUAUCUAUUAAAAAUGGAUAUUACCGGUGAAAACACACCACAACUCAAUGCAAGUUCUAGUAAAAUAAACCCUUCUGAAUUUGAUGUUACAAUUACGGCUUUGCUAAUUGGCCUAGGAGCAGAAAAAUACAUCGACAUCUUUCGAAAGCAGAACAUUGGCCAGUGCACACUAGCCGAACUAUGCGACGAAGAUCUUAUAAAACUCGGUGUCGAUGAUUCCGAAAUUAGACAAAAAAUAUUGGAUGAAGUACAAAAUCUGCCAAUGUACGAGGAGUCUAUCGAUGAGGUUAGAAGUAUUCACAAUCUGGGUCUAAGAGAAAUAGGGGAAGUGCUUGAAGAAAAUGGGCAGCAUUUGUACAAAAUUCAUUUAAGUAUGGUAGCUAAUAAUUUAGCAUUGAAGAGAACGAAAAAUAUAUCAGAUUGUCUUUUAAUGAAAGAUAAAUAUGCCUCAGAAAUAGCACUAACAACUCUACAGGAAAUGAAAUCUAUACUCAAUUCAAUGGAUAAGGCUAUUCACUCUCAAUUGAAGGCAUAUGCAGAGGAACCAAGAUCUAAAAAGAAUAAGAAAAUUAUAGUAGGUACUGUGGGAGGUGUGAUGAUUGCUUUGUUAGGUGUGUUAUUUGUAAGGUCACUGAAACAACUAAAAUGAAAAAAAAAAUUAUGAUUAGCUGACCAAUCUACCUCAGGUAAAAAAAUACUAUGCACAUAAUUAUGAUGUUGUGAUUUCGCCAAAGGCCAUCCAAAAAUUGUUGCCAUAUUAUCUAGUUGCUCUUGUUAAAUAAAUGUCUGUAAUAUGUUUAAGAA